AGGCUUUUGCUGCCUGGAGGAGAACAACGGCUCACACUCCGCGAAGCCCAUCAAAACCCAUCCCCUAUCUUCGAAAUUUUUCUUCCACCACCGCAAAUAUCACAUGCGAGAUCAAUACUGAGGUGCUACCCUAGUGGCAGAAUCCGCCUUUUCUGCUGAAUUUGAGCAGUAUUUGAGGUCGGAGCCCUGUUUCGAAUGUCGGUGGUUUUAAUCGCAAUUUCGUGAUGUGGAGGUGUUGAUAGGGCUUGGAUUGCUUCCAUGUGAAUCACUGUUAAGGGUGGAGAUUUGGGAUUCGAGCUGAGGGUGCUGUCGUUGCUGAGAAUCUGUGCUUUGAGUUUAUUUUGGUUUUUUCGGUUGAGUGGCAUUUCUGUACUGGAUACGAGAGGGUGGCCGGGGAAGAUUUUGGUUAGUGUUUAUCUUUGUUCUUGUUCGUGGGACUUGAGUUUCUUUUCAGGCGGAUUGCGGAAACAUUUUAUUUUAUUUUACAUUUUAAUUUGUUCUCAUUCCAGAAUUUGCUUUUUUGGGGUGACCUAGUGAUUUGCAUAUAAGGUCUUAGCGUUUGAAUACUUGGAGGUCAGGUUUGAGGUAUUCUGUCAUUUGUUUCCGAGUAUCCAUUGCCUGUAGUGUUGUUCUUCAGAGAAAAUUGAAACCGACAGAACUGAUGGCGACUUGUGCAUUUGAAGAGUUUGUAUUGGUAUCGAGGUAUGAAUGAUGUAGGAAUCUGUGGGAGAGAUUUAUAGCUGUACAUUGAGAGUUGGGUUUUGGUCAAGUAGAUUGCUCAUGAACCUUGUGUAACAGUGUAGCGGUCGUGGGACACUGACAAGGAGAUGCUGUAAAUAUUUCUGGUGAUGAUCGAGGAUCAUCGGCCAUUAAUCCCUGCCUGUCGUCUGUACAAAAUAAAAUCUUUUGCGUUUUGCAUUGCCAUCAGUUCCUUUUAGAGUAGCUGGGUAAUGUACAGGAAGGAAGCUCCUCUGUAUUCUCUGUUUCGAUCGAGGAAAAGCUUUCCUCUAGUUGUUGGCGCGAGUGAUGCGUUUCCUUCAAUAUAGAGACGGCAUUUCGUUGCGGGCGAGCUGUAGACGAUGAUGUACGUCAUUCCAGAUUCAGUUGCAACCAAGCAACUCUCAGGCGGCACGGAAACUCCAUCCAGGCUAUCCCCAUCUAAACCAUCCCCAUGUAGGGCUUACCAAUCACCAGCUGAUGCAUCGAAGAGCCCAUAUUCCAACAGUCCUGCCUCCCACAGACGACGAUAUUAUUCGUCAGAUGAAGAAGAUGACAGCAGAGACAGGCAAUCCCAUUGGAAGCGAACUAAGGUGCGCACAGACGAUAGUAACAGGGGAAGUUCCAGGAACAGAAUCACAUAUACAGAGAGUGAUCGGCAUAGCUAUGUUACAUCUCCAAGUCUUAGCAGGCUGAACCCUCCUCCGCAGAGUGUCAAUUCUCACUCGGAACCUAGAGUAAUUGUAUUGCAUGAGAAAGAUGAGGGGUCGCGUCGCAGCAGCUAUGAAUCAGAAUCAAGGAUCCGCGGAAGUGGAAGCAAGGGAUGGGAUGCAGCCGUGAGACCCUUCAGAGAUGGUGGGACCGCAUUUGAGGAUAUUGAUCCUGCAGGUACCAAGAGGAAGUAUGCGUCAGAAGUGAGGAAGAGUAGCUUGAUGAUGUGUGAGAGGAGUAUCGUUGUCAAAGACAAGCACAUGGCAAGAAGAGUUCCUGCAGAGAGAAGCUUAGAAGGAGGGUACGAGUUUAGGGUUAAUGGGAGGGAGGAGGGGGAGGUUGGGGAGUUCAAUGACGAGGGUAACUCAAGUCUUUUCUUAGAAGAUUCUCGAGAGGUUGAUUAUGAGGACCGUGCAAGGGCGAGGAUUGGUCUGGAUUUGCGGGAGGCUCUGAAUCGAAGGAGUCGGGGUUUGGAUACCAUGAGCAGAGAGUCCAGGGUCUACGGCGAUCAGAAAACCGGGGCCACAGUGAGGGUUAGAAAAGUGGAGUUUGACUUGUGUUGUGGUAACGGCAAAGGGAGCUUGAGUUCUUUGCAGGGAUCUGGGGUGAAGAAAGUACUGGAUUUGGGCCGAAGCUCCAGCUCCGGUAACGAUGAGAGUAAUGGUUCUGCUAGUCUUGGUGGGAUUGGUCGCUCGGCGGCGGCCGUAGGAGCACAGGUGGAGAGGGAUAUGGAGCUGGAGAGACGGGAGAAGCGAGAACGGUGGGCUGAGAAGGAGCGUGAUUUGGAAACAGAGUUGCAGGAUAAGCUGCAGAAAGAUUUGGAGAAGGAGAACAUGCCCGAAACUCAGCCGAAGUCCGUUACAGUUGUGGACUACAGCCACAAGUUCACCGUUGCCAAAGCCUCCAUCAGUGCACCGGUAAAACAAGUGGAAUUAGAUCCUCAUCGACUCUGCCAGCGGCAAAAGCAAAUUGAUUACGGAAAGAAUACUCUUGGUUACGAAAGAUACAUAGAAUUGGUUCCAAGGUAUCAGCGAACCAAAGCACAUCCUCGAACACCUGAUAUAAGACAGGUUUGCAGUAAACGGAGCUGGGAUGGACAGAUCCGGAAAUGGCGCCGUUUAUUACAUGAGUACGAUCCUCCCAAGGGGGAGGAUGAAGAAGAUCCAGACCAGGUGUUUGUCCCCACGAGGGAGCAUGACAACAUCAGUGGACCUCACACAGGCGACAAUAUGAUGGAUAUGCAAUCAGAGUAUGUUGAAGAUGUAGACAUGAAGAUAUACGAUGGGUGGUCUGACGAUGAAAGCUAGUUUUGCGUGUUGAACUUUCCCAUCCCUCUCUUCGUUCUUGCAAUCGUGCAACAUGUUCAAAACCCUGCUAGUUUCAGCAAGUUUUGAUGAGAGGAAUUGGCGUACUGACACUGGCCUGUACAUCAAUCUGGAGUUCACAGAAAGCUCUUAACUACUUGGCGUUUAACUUCCAAACGAAAGCAUUCUCUUCGAAACUUAAACUACAGACAAUUCUCGAAUGUCCGAUUAAACCUAGCAUUUAACUUAUUUUCUUGAAGAGAAUACAUAGUCUUUAGGCAACUGAUUGGCUGCGGUCAACAGCACAGAUCUCUUGUAAAUGGUUAUGAUCAAUCCUAGAAGCUUCAAGUUCGGGUAACAAGGCUGUAAAUUCCAUCGGUUCUCUGUGCUUCGCCUUCUCAGCUUCGGCGGUUGCAAGUACUUCCAGAGGCAACAUUCGUUGUGGAGGUCCUGGCAUGUUCUUGACAAUCUCAACGGCUAGACUCCCUGAUUUAACUACAGGGCUGCCUCCCCUUAAUAGCUGUGCAUACCAGCCACUCUAGGCUGCCCCUAUAUUUUGUAAUGAGAGCUAUACUGUAGCAAACUGAGUUAAACUCUA